GAUUUAAACCCACACAGACACAGGUGUGUGUGGCGGUCGGAGCCGAAUAUACCCGGUCGCUCCCCCCUCGGAUCCUUCUCUUCUCCAAUUCCAAAUCAAUCCCCCACACACCAAACCAAAUCCUCCACCUCUUCCUCCAUUUCCAGCUCCGUCCCGAGUCCCCACCCCAGCUCGCGUGACCUCCAGAUGGCCGGCGGCGGCGGCGGCGGCGCAGGCGCGGGCUCGUCGUCCGGCGGCUCGGGGUCCGGCGGCGGGGGCGGCGGCAGGGAGGGCGACUGGGACUGCGGCAGCUGCGGUAACCGCAACUACGCCUUCCGCUCGCUCUGCAACCGCUGCAAGCAGCCGCGCCUCCUCGUCGACCCCAACACCCCGCGCGACUCCAAGUGGCUACCCCGUGCCGGGGACUGGAUCUGCACCGGUUGCAGUAACAAUAAUUAUGCAUCCAGAAAGAACUGCAAAAAGUGUGGCCUGCCCAAGGAGGAAGCAGCAAUGCCAGCAUUGCAAAUGGCAGGGAUGGCUAUGCCAGCUUAUGCAACUUAUAUUGCAAGACUACAACAAAGCCUUGCUGCUUCUGCUUCUGCCUAUAAGAUGAACUUUGGUAUGGCUGCCAACUCACCUUUGCAGCAGCAACUACUUGCAAAUGCAAACUGGCCCUAUGGGAUGGCUGGUAGAUAUGGGAUGCAAUCUUCUGGUUGGCCAUUUGGCAACAGCAACCCAAAUCAGUUCCCAGGUGUUCCAAAGGAUUGGCGUAAUGGAGACUGGCUCUGCAGCUGUGGAUUUCAUAACUAUUCAUCUCGUACUCAGUGCAAAGAGUGUGGUGCACCUGUACCAUCAGGCAUUCCCUCCACAACAAUGAAAGCUACAUCUGAUGCCUCUUCCACAUUAGGAACUAAGCGGUUGGCCUCAGAGGAGCUGGCCAAUGACUGGGAUAAUAAAAGGCUAAAUCCAGGAAAUGACAAUUAUCCACUUUCGACAGCAGGUCCAAAUAAUUUGUUUUUGGGUAUUGAGCAAGGAGCUGGAAGCAGCAAUGGCCAGGGCGCCUUUUCCAAGUUUGACAAUGGGAGCUCAAUGGCAUUACCAUCUGGGCAGGGAAUGUCUGGUCUGAUGGGAAAAGGGGCAAAAUGGCGCGAUGGGGACUGGUUGUGCAACAACUGCAACAAUCACAACUAUGCAUCUCGUGCGUUUUGCAACAGGUGCAAAACUCAGAAAGAAUCUUCAGUUCACCCUGGUGUGCUAUAGCUUGCUUGCGCUGGUUCAUAGCGUUGGAUUAUUUUGUUCCAGGAUAUGUUGCUGCCUGUUCUAGCUCCUUCCUCAAGGCUGUGCGGUUUGAGCUUUUUCCGACUCUACAGUGUUUUUGCUGCUCUCGAAUGUUUGUCUCGAUAUUUCAUUAGUGCUUGUUGAAGCUCCCGAUUUAUUUAUGGUAUAAGCGCUUGAAUAAAAUGUUUCCGGAAAGUACCGGCCUACCAUCUGGAUUUUGGCAAAUAAUUGAAUUAUUAGUUGUUGUACAAUGAGGCAAAUGGUGAUAGACUCUUUAUGUUGUACUUUAUGAACUCUGUAGUAUUAGCGCACCAAAUUAAGGUUUUGUGGUCUUGUUUCACCCCUUUGGUUUGAAAAGGGGAACUAUACUAUGUAAUUUCAGUACAGAUUAUUAUUCUUUUUCUGAGAACUCCAGUUGUGCUGUUAUGCAAGUUCUGCCCA